AAAUGAGCACUGUGGGGUUCAAACUGACAAGUGGAAAUCUCCCACCUCUGAAUCCGAAUCCAGGUACAACAGGAUACAACCCAUGGGCACCUGUGUCAUUUACGAAUUUCCCAACCAGCCGGAUCACCCCAGUCGGCAGACACUUCAACCUAUUACACAACCACAGGGAAUGGGAAAUGCAAACGCGGCCCCUCAGCAACAGACAUCAUCAUCAAUUAGUGGCGGUUUGUCAGCAGCGGGUCUAGCAGGUCUACUGGUCGCUAUCAUCUUCAUUUCGGGACUUUUUGCCUUUGGAGUAAUAUUCCUUAAAAGAAGACAGUAUCCUGCAGGAAGUGGCGGCCAGGGAACGCCAUGUACUACUCCUCAGAGGGCGCUGUGA